GUGCAGGCCCAGGAGCGAGCCAUGUGGUGUGAUGAAAGAUUCAACUUCCAAGCUACGUUUUUACAGUGCUUGGCAAAACAUGUGCCAAAUAUUUACUCAGCUGAAAUGGACCCCUUGCUGGAGAAACAAGAAGAAAUGGUCCAGGCAGCAAUAUUAUACCCCCUGGAAUGUUAUUUGUUUGGGGAAGACCCAGAUACAUUCCUGGAGAAACUGCAACAGAGUGGAACCUCCCAACUCUGUGGGAAGGUGUUCAAAGGAGGGGAGACAACAUACUCCUGCAGAGACUGUGCAGUUGAUCCAACUUGUGUACUCUGUAUGGACUGCUUCCAGAAUAGCAUUCACAAGAACCACCGGUACAAGAUGCAUAGCUCCACUGGAGGUGGAUUUUGUGACUGUGGCGAUACAGAGGCAUGGAAGGCUGGACCGCUGUGUACUAAACAUGAGCCUGGAGCAUCAGGUUCUGCAAAAGAAAAUUCUGAAUGUCAGUUGAAUGAAGAAAUUAUGGAGCACUCUAGGAGGGUGUUUCCCUCUGUGAUAAAAUACAUUGUAGAUAUGCUUAUAUGGGAAGAAGAGAAGGAACUGCCUCUGGAGCUCACAAUUAGUAGAGAGAAGGUAGACAGCUACUACUGUGUUCUUUUCAAUGAUGAACAUCAUUCUUACGAUCAUGUCAACUAUAGCCUGCAAAGGGCACUUGGCUGCGAACUUGAUGAAGCCCAGUUGCAUACUACUGCCAUAGAUAAAGAGGGUCGUAGAGCUGUUAAGGCAGGACAUUAUGCCUCUUGUCAGGAAGCAAAAGAAGAAAUCAAGAGGCAUUCUGAGAAUAUUUCUCAACGACCACUUCAUGUGGAGGUUCUGCAUGCUGAUGUUAUGGCUCACCAGAAGUUUGCCUUGCGCCUUGGUUCUUGGCUGAACAAACUCAUGAGCUAUUCAAGUGACUUUCGCCAGAUCUUUUGUCAAAUAUGUCUCAAAGAAGAAGCUGGAUCUGAAAAGCCGUGCUUCAUAAGCAAGUUGAUGCUAUGGGAUGCAAAACUUCAUAAAGGGGCAAGGAAGGUUCUUCAUGAGCUUAUUUUCAGUAGUUUUUUCAUGGAAAUGGAAUACAAAAAACUUUUUGCUGUGGAAUUUGUAAAGUAUUACAAGGCAUUGCAAAAAGAAUACAUCAGUGAUGAUCAUGACAGAGUUCUCUCUGUGACAGCGCUCUCAGUUCAGAUGUUCACCGUACCUACUCUGGCCAGACAUCUUAUUGAAGAGCAAAACGUAAUCACCGUCAUUACAGAGACACUCCUAGAAGUGCUUCCAGAGUACCUAGACAAAAAUGACAAGUUCAACUUCCAAGGUUACAGUCAGGACAAACUGAACCGGGUAUAUGCAGUAAUAUAUGACCUCAGGUAUGUCUUAGUCAGCAAGCCUACAAUAUGGACAGACCGUCUGAGGGAGCGGUUUUUAGAAGGAUUUGUUUCUUUCCUGAGGAUUCUAACUUGCAUGCAGGGAAUGGAGGAGAUAAAAAGGCAGAUUGGUCAGCACAUUGAGGUGGACCCUGACUGGGAAGCAGCUAUUGCUAUACAGAUGCAGCUCAAGAACAUUCUUUUGAUGUUCCAGGAGUGGUGUGCCUGUGAUGAAGAGCUGUUGCUUAAGGCCUACAGUGAAUGUCAUAAAGCUGUGAUGAGGUGCAGCACAAAUGGCCGUUCACGGGAAAAGACAGUGUUUCACUUGUGCGGCCAUAGUCUGGAGAGCAGACCUUACAGAGUGUCUGCAGAUCCUGUCAGCAUACACUUACCGCUGUCUAGGACUCUUGCUGGUCUUCAUGUACGAUUAAGCAAGACUGGAACCAUCUCAAGAUUGCACGAGUUUGUUUCUCCUGAAGAAUUUAAAGUGGAGCUGCUAGUAGAAUAUCCUUUGCGAUGUCUUGUCUUGGUUGCUCAGGUUGCUGCAGAGAUGUGGAGAAGGAAUGGACUCUCCCUGAUAAGCCAGGUAUUCUAUUAUCAAGAUGUUAAAUGCAGAGAAGAGAUGUAUGAUAAAGACAUCAUCAUGCUCCAGAUAGGUGCAUCUCUUAUGGAUCCAAACCAGUUCCUCCUGCUGAUACUGCAGAGAUACGAGCUUGCUGAUGCUUUCAAAAAGAUCAAACCCACCAAAGAUCAGGAUUUGAUCAAACAAUAUAACGUGUUAAUAGAAGAAAUGCUACAAAUUCUCAUCUAUGUUGUGGGGGAAAGAUAUGUGCCUGGAGUGAGUAAUGUGACAAAAGAAGAUGUUAUCAUGAGAGAAAUCAUCCAUCUGUUAUGUAUUGAACCAAUGGCUCACAGUGCCAUUACCAAGUCCUUGCCUGAAAAUGAGAACAAUGAAACUGGCUUGGAGAAUGUAAUUGAUAAAGUGGCUACAUUUAAGAAACCGGGUGUGUCUGGCCAUGGAGUUUAUGAGCUAAAAGAUGAAUGCUUGAAGGAGUUCAAUAUGUUUUUUUAUCACUAUACUAAGACCCAGCACAGCAAGGCUGAACAUACACAAAAGAAAAGAAGAAAACAAGAAAACAGAGAUGAAGCAUUGCCACCACCACCUCCUCCAGACUUCAGUCCUGCAUUCAGCAAAGUGGUGAGGAUUCUGAACUGUGAUGUUAUGAUGCACAUACUGCGGACCAUUCUUCAGAGGGCAGUAGAACUGGAAACCCACUUGUGGACUGAAGCUAUGAUCCAAAUGGUGCUUCAUCUCCUUUCCUUAGGGUUACUAGAAGAGAAGCAGCAGUUACAGAAGUCUCCAGAAGAAGAAGUAACCUUUGAUUUUUAUCACAAAGCAACACGAAUGGGAAGCUCGGCCUUGAAUGCUGUGAACGUGUUAAUGCUUCUGGAAAAAUUAAAGAGAGUUCCUCAGUUAGAGUCACAGAAGGACACAGUGAAUUGGAUACUGCAGAUGUUUGACACAGUGAAAAGAUUGAGAGAAAAAUCUAGUUUGACAACAGUAGCAGUUACAUCAGGCUCAGAAGCUACAAAAGGUGAUGAGACACAGAGCACUCAGGAUAAAGAGAAAGCUGAGCGGAAGAGAAAGGCAGAAGCAGCUAGGUUGCACCGUCAGAAGAUAAUGGCCCAGAUGUCUGCACUGCAGAGGAAUUUCAUUGAAACCCAUAAGCUCCUGUAUGAAAACACACUGGAGGCACAGGGGAAAGAGGAUGCUCUUAUGGAGGAAGAAGGCAUGUCUUCGGCAAUUGAUUACUCCAAAAUUGCUUUGGGUCCCAAACGAGGUCCAUCUGUUGCUGAGAAAGAAGUUCUGACCUGUAUUCUUUGUCAGGAGGAGCAGGAAGUAAAGUUGGAAAGUGCUGCCAUGGUAUUAUCUGCCUGUGUCCAGAAAUCAACUGCCUUGACUCAGAAUAGGAGCAGAAUUCUUGAACUCUCAGGGGAUAUGCUAGAUCCUCUCUUCAUGCACCCUGACUUACCUUGUGGGACCCACACAGGAAGCUGUGGUCACGUGAUGCAUGCAGCCUGCUGGCAGAAGUACUUUGAAGCCAUGCAGCUGAACUUUCGACAACGUCUGCAUGUUGAACAGAUAUUUGACUUGGAGAAUGGAGAGUAUCUUUGUCCACUUUGCAAAUCUCUGUGCAAUACUGUGAUUCCUAUUGUUCCAUUGCAGGCUCAAAAAAUAAACAGUGAGGAUGCAGAGGCAGUAGCUCAAAUUCUGUCCCUGGCUAGGUGGCUGGAGAUUAUCAUAGUCAGGAUAUCGGGCUACAGUGUGAAAAAUGCUAAAGGAGAGAAACAGAAUCUUCCAGCUUUCGUCAACAAGGGAGUGGGGAACUCUGCUUUGGAAUUCCAUUCCAUCCUUAGUUUUGGAGUUCAGUCCUCAGCCAAAUACUCAAGCAGUAUCAAGGAGAUGCUUAUUCUCUUUGCCACCACCAUUUAUAGAGUUGGGCUAAAAGUUGCUCCAAAUGAAGCUGACUACCGGAUUCCUAUGAUGACCUGGAGCACAUGUGCUUUUACCAUCCAGUGUAUAGAAAACCUCUUGGAAACGGAGGGCAAGCCUUUAUUUGGAUCUCUACAAAAUAGACAGCACAGUGGCCUUAAAGCAUUAGUGCAGUUUGCAGCUGCUCAGAGAACAACAUCACCACAGGUCCUGAUUCAGAAACAUCUGAUUCGUCUUCUAGGAGUUCUUCUACCAAACUUUAAAGUGGACGACACUCCAUCCCUCUUAGAAGUAGAUAUGUUCCACAUUUUGGUGGGAGUUGUGUUAUCCUUUCCAUCUUUAUACUGGGAGGAUGCUGUAGACUUGCAACCUUCAUCAAUUAGUUCAGCCUAUAACCAUCUCUACCUCUUCCAUCUGACAACACUGGCACACAUAACACAAAUCGUCGUCUCUUCAGCAACAGAAACCCGUACUGCUCAAUCAUCUGACAACAGUGAGGAGGCACAGUCUGCACAGUCUUUCUGUAGAGAGGUUUGCCAGUACACCAGUGGUUGCUUUAGUCAGGAUAUUCCAGGCUGGCUUGUGUGGGAUUGUGUUAAAAAAGGCAUCAUGCCUUACCUUCGUUGUGCUGCUUUAUUUUUUCAUUAUUUGCUGGGAGUUUCUCCACCUGAGGAACUACUACAAGUUUCUGAAGAAGGGCAAUUCAAGGCACUUUGUAGUUACCUCUCCCUACCUACCAAUUUGUUCCUGCUCUUCCAGGAAUAUUGGGACACAGUAAAUCCACUGCUUCAAAGGUGGUGUGCUGACCCAGUGGUGUUAAGUUGUUUGAAGGGGAAAAGCAUUGCAAUAAGGUAUCCUAGGAAAAGAAAUAGUUUAAUAGAACUUCCCGAAGACUAUAGCUGCCUUCUGAACCAAGCCUCUCAGUUUAGAUGCCCACGGUCUUCUGAUGAUGAACAAAAACAUCCAGUAUUGUGUUUAUUCUGUGGGGCUAUGUUGUGUUCCCAGAAUACUUGCUGUCAGAAGCUGGUGAAUGGGGAGGAGUUGGGAGCCUGUACUUCUCAUGCUCUUCAAUGUGGAGCUGGAGUCUGUAUGUUUCUCAAAAUCAGGGAAUGCAAAGUUGUCCUCAUUGAAGGUAAAACCAGGGGCUGCUUAUAUCCUGCUCCCUACUUGGAUGAAUAUGGAGAAACAGAUCCAGGUCUGAAAAGAGGCAAUCCCCUGCACUUGUGUCGGGAGCGUUACCGGAAGCUCCAUCUGCUAUGGCAGCAACACUGCAUCAUAGAGGAGAUUGCCAGGAGCCAAGAAACGAAUCAGAUCUUCUUUGGAUUCAACUGGCAACUGCUCUGAGUCUCCUCUGAUUUUUAGUGAAAAUUCUUACCUUUGGCAGUGCUUUGGAAAAGGAAAGGAGGGUUGGCAGUAAAUAAUCUACUCUCAAGUGGAUUCUGUAGUUCAGACACAAUUGAUGGAUUCUCUAGGAUGGAUGCAUUACUGAUACAUUGAAACAGAAUCUCAUGUCAUACGUUUUGCUCUUUUUUUUCCCCGUUCAGGUCCAGAAAUAUUUCCACUUCUUUGAUAAGUUGUAAUUGUUUCACGCCUUUUGACAAGGACAGCUUCCCAAACGCUGUGCUUCAGGGCACAUACUGCAUUUCUGUCUCUUCCAUGCCUUGAGAAUAUAUCUAAAUGGUGUCACUAUGGAAAAGCCUCCUUUACUUUCUUCCUAGGUUCUUUUCCCAAGCUUGGUGAAGCUUUUAAAUAGGUCAAGAUGUGUGGCAUAAUAUUGGAGUGGAAGUGGUGCCAGGCCUUUAGUCAUAUGUAGCAACAGGUACAGCAAAUAUUAAGUUGUACAGAAAAAGCCUGCAUUCAGCUAUAUUCUGGGAUUUAAUGAAGAAUUUUCAUUAAUGAACUCUUUAAAGGAGAAGUGUGGGUUAGAAAAUGCAUGGGGGAAUUACCAUCUUGCUUGUUGCAUCAGAAAAUAAAGUCCAUGCUUUUUGCAUUGCCAGAACUGCACUUUAUCUAAUGAAUUUGUUCUCUAUUAAUGUUGUAUAUCCUGAGAGGUCUAGGGCUACACCAUUUGGCUAGGUUGUGGUUAGUUUUACUACUUUUACAGUUUGUCUUCUGAGAUUUUCCCCGAGAACCAAACGUGAAAAUACUGCUAGGUAGUUGUAGUGUAGCUCUGCAAGUUAUACAAGAGCCAGAGACUUCAGUAAAGUAGAUGACCUUCAAAGCUAUCACUGGACUAAAAUCAAGGCCCAAAAGCAGCAAGUUUUAGAACCAGAAAUAAGUUAGUUUGCCCAUAUUUGAGGAAUUUUCCACUCUUCAUCCUCUGUCACUAUUGUUUGGAGCCCUGCCUGCAUAAAUGAAAUUAUGUGUUUUGGGAGGCAUGUUCAGUGGUUCAGUGCCAGUUAGAGCAAAAAAGGGAAAAAAAAAAAAGGUGGCUAAGUCUGUCUCUGUGCCCUUCAGUAGUUAAUAGCACAUUGUGAUUGAACUCUCUCUCAAUGUUACGUGAUUGUGCUUCAGUUCUAAAUGUUUUGUGUUCUGUUUUCUGAAUUUCAACCGUAUGAGAGAAUUUGUAAUGUGAUGGGUAAAAAUACUUUCCCAAGAAAUCCCAUUUCUGUGUGAAAGUUUGAAGUCGUCAGUACUCUAAAUUUCCCUGCCCCUUUGCUAUUUGGAUUCUUUUGUGCCAUUUUAAUAAGGCUUGCAAGGGGAGGUUUUCAAAUUAAUGUCUGAGUGUGUUUUUGUGUGAUUUCUUUUUGAUUAUUUUUUUGCUAGUGAAUGUAUGAGAGAUAGUAGAAUCACAAAUAAUGAUUUAGAUUUAAAUAUCAUUGUCCUCCUAGUUUUUUAAAGUUUUUAGAGUACAUAUGAGUGCACUGAACAGCACCAUAACUCAUCUAAAAAUGGAAUACCAAUGAACUCAAACAUUGUUCUGAUUUCAAAUAUUUUUUUUGUCUUUUGCUAUAAUCCUUUCCUGGUGAUAUAAAUAGUUGGCUUUGGUAUAUUUUUCAGGUAUUCUGUUUCUUGCAAUUAAGACCACUCUCUUAUUUUGAGUCUUUCAGAUUUUAAACUUGAAUAUGAAACUCCUUAAAGACAAACAUUAAUUCUGUUAGUCUUCUCUAAAAUGUAUUUGAAAUGAAUACUGAAUUUAGAAGAACAGUUCUCAUGAAAACUUGCAUGCACUGGUGGUUUCUAAGGUCAUCAAAACACUUCUUACUGACAAAAAUAUUGGAUUACAACUAGCAGAUGUAUGCCUCAUUGAUACCAAAACUGUAUUCACUUACUGUUGCCCUCUGAUAUUUACCUAUUCAUUUAUCAAAAACUUUCAGUUACCUUGCACUUCACUGAUACAAAAAUUCCGUUAUCAAAUAUGCAGUGACAUCACCUUGAUUUCUGUCUGAACUCUAGUAUAUAAGGACAGGAGCUGUUCUGAGCAGGUGAGCUCAUGUUUAAAGCUCUAGAAAUCUCUUUAUAGCUGAAGAAGUGGGAGAGGAAAGUUGCAUCUUUCUGUACGUUUGCACAUACUAAUUUAGCAAAUGGGCUCCCAUAUCAUUCACUGACUAGUGUGGUCAUCUUUCAUUUCAUAAAUUACUAUGCAGUUUUGUUCACUCUGAGUAUAAUCUGUAUUUAGUGAUCGCAAGAUGCUUAUGCCACUGAUUUCUGUUCCAUCCAAGCUGACGGAAGAAGUUAUUUGAUAAUGCACAUAUUGGUAUCUUUAAUUGCAAAAAUGUAAAUUUGAAACUUGUAUAAUGUUCUUGUGCUUUUGAAAUAAAAUAUCUUGUAUAUGUAUAUUUAAAAAAAAGGAAAUAAAGUAACUUCUC